CCUGAUCACACCCUCGCGACACGUACAUAUUCAGGGACGGAGAAGAGCAAGGAUCGAAUCACAAUUGUGCUUACAAGUAACGCUGAUAGCUCAGAGAAGUUUAUGCCUUGGGUCAUUAGGAAAUCGAAGAAUCCACAAUGUUUUUCAAAGAUAAAUCGACGUCACUUGCGUGUCGAGUAUCGGUUCAAUAAGACGAAGUAG